AUGCCCGGACCCGACACCUACGAGGUCGGUUUCGGUCUAGCUCUGGCCUCUGGCCGACGGCAUUCCUUCAAGGAUAUUAUGCAAUCAAGAGCAGUCGAAGUGUCUUCAUCAUCACCCCCAGCGUCGAAGUCAAACUCGGUGAGCCUGAUAGCUGUGGCCGGAGCCGCGGCAGCAGUUGGGGUAGUUGUAACCACUCUAGUAUGCCUUGCCAUCUUCUAUUGCCGGCGACGAAGGGGGGCUCGGAGAAGUGGGCGCCAGAUCCAGAUAUCAGCUCCGUUGCAAAAUCCUGGGAUGGGUCGAGAUCUUAUGUCUUUGGCUCGCAACACCGCCACAUCGUCGACACUGUCAUCUCCCCGCCCCCCCUUCUCACCAGCACCAGCUUAUAUGUCCAUAACGAUUUCCAAGGAGGACACCCUGGAACCACAGGAGAUAAUGAGUGUCGGACUGACAGAGGAAGAAUUCACCCGUCGCUUCAAGUCACGAACGCCUGUCAAUGCGCGGGAUGGCCCAGUGGAGCUCGCUGCGCUACGAUUUUCAGCCACUGACAUGUAUGCUGAGGCAGAAAAGCCGUUGUUUGAGAAAACGAAGCCAGUGUCUAGACCGAUACAGAUGGAAAGGUCAUCGAGGCUGCGUGCCAGUCCUGCCUUCGAGGAUCUGCGAGCUCUGGCUGUGUCGAGAAGUCCUUCAAUAAGCCCGGUACGAAGUGAUGAUCUUGGAUAG